AUGGACGGUCAGGAUGCGGGCCUGGAGGCGUCUGGAGCUGAUCUGACGGCGUACGAUGUGAGUGGGCUGUGGCUGCAGUGCAAACACGAGGCAGGGGGAGGUGCCGAGUCUGAUAGGCCGGGCUCGGCCUCCCGCGCGUGUGGCCUGUUCUCGGCGCGCCACCUGGCAGUGCUGGAGUGGAUUGAUGACGUGGACACGUUCAUGCAGAAGGGGAGGCUGUGGGAGGAGGAGCGCUUGGAGGGGGUGGAAAGGGAGGGGGAAGGGGGAGUUGGGGGGGGUGGGGGGAGUGGGAGGGUGGAGGUGGAAGAGGGAAAGGUGGGAAAGGUGGCCACUACAAUCACACAGCAGUUCGCCCCACCGGUGCCUCUGCCGCCUGCCCCUCCAUUGCACCGGCGCUGGCAAGCCAGCCAGAUCGCACCCUACGCUGCCAACACUGCCGUCGUGCUUUUUAGGUGCGGUCCCAAUGGGACUGAUGGCCUUCACGGUUCAAGCAAUGCUGCUUCCAACUCUGGUGCUUGUGACGGGGGUGGUGGUGGUGGCAAUGGCGGUGGUGGUGGCAACGGCAGCAACAGCAGUGGAGGAGGAGAGGAAAAUUCUGAUGGAAAGUCCCAUGCAGAUGCAGAUGCUGAUGCUAGAGCUGCGGAUGAUGUGGAGGCGAAGGCGGCAUUCACAGAUGGAUUCUCCGUGGCAGUGAUGCACAACGAGCGCUUCGUGCCGCUGCCGCUGUGUGGAGGACGGGUUCUCUGCCCCUUUGCUACAUUCCAGAAAGCGGUUCUUGAGGCGUAUCUACAACACACUUACGAGUCUGUCUGUGCGUGGUCGCCUCCAUGA